GAGUGGACGAAAAUUGCUAUCUCCGAUCAACAAAUCAGUCAACGAGAGCCUGCGGGAGCUGCUGGAAGAGCUUACUCUCGAAUCUAACGAAGGAGACGAGCACUCCCCGAAAUCGUCAGAAGGCAGUAACGUCGACAUGGGUGAACAACAACAACAACCGUCUCAUAACACCCUCCAAACCUUAGCCCAGCCGGUUAUCGGGCCAGUCACUUCCUGCAUCCGUUUGCCAGAUCCCGCACGGAAUUAUGAGCUAAAAAUGAUUCACUAUAACCAGUUGCCGGCAUUCCAUGGGCUCCCGAGCAAAGACCCGCUUAACUUCAUCCGGAAAUUCUACAAUGUCCUCAACACCUUCCCUCUGAACGGGCUGAGUGGGGAUCAGUUGAAGAUGAGGUGCUUCCCCGAGACAUUGAAAGACCGGGCCAAGGCCUGGUUCAUAACACUUGCACCGGCUUCUCUAACUACCUGGACCGAAGUAUACACAAAGUUCAUUGGGAGGUAUUACUCCCAUCAGAAGACUCAGGAGCUCCGGUCGCAGAUUGUCUCGUUUGCCCAACUACCGAGUGAGCCUCUUCACGAGGCCUGGGAGCGAUUCAAAGACCUCCAGCUGCAGUGCCCUCACCACAAUCUUUCACCGGGACUUUUGAUGAAUUGCUUCUACGACUCCCUCAAUCAAAAUUUGCAAUAUAUGGUUGACAAUGCUGUGGGGGGAGACAUCGGUGAAAAAACAGCCGAAGAGAUGUAUGAGAUUUUUGAGACGAUGAGUGCUAACUCGUCUCAAAAGAGCAAUCGAGGGAAGAGGGCUGUGGUCAAUGAGGCAGCGAGUGCCAUGCAGCAUGAUCUUCCAAAGAAAGAACGGGACCUCGGGGGUUUCGUGAUAAGAAUUGCUCUCGGGAACCGAAAAGAGGCUUCGGGGAUGCUUGACCUCGGAGCGGGAAUCAACCUCAUGCCAUUCUCUAUCUUCCAGAGGCUCGGUCUCGGAUACUUGAGACCCACUAGGAUGUGCUUGCAGCUGGCCGACCAUUUGAUUCGAUACCCUAAGGGGGUGGUGGAAGAUGUCCUUGUUCGUAUAGGGAAACUUAUUGUCCCGGUGGACUUUGUUGUUCUAGACGUGGGGGACAUUCAGGAGAAUGGGAAGGAUCACACCAUCCUUCUUGGCAGACCGUUUAUGGCAACCACCAACACCCUUAUUGACGUGAGGAACGGGACCUUGAACAUGACUGUCUUAGGUGAAUCCGUAUCUAUCUCAGUCCGAGAAGCCACCUCAGCAUCCUCGGUUAACUUUGUGGAGGAGUGUGUAUUUGUUGACGUAAGCGAUCC